CCAGCUUUGCAGAAGCGAGAAAAGUUGGGCCAUGCCCACGCUUUGUUGCCGCACCUCAGGUCACGUGAUGUUGAGUACUACCGCGAGUAAGUAUUGUUGACAGUUCAUUGUGUCGUCUUGUUGAAUGCUCACACUGUGCUUUCUUUUUUGCUAGCUAUUCAAGGAUGCUGCCGCGAAGUUUUGAUAGACUCUUGGAACUGGUGGGGCCUAGGGUAACAAAAGCGAAUAUCAAGUUCCGCAAGGCCAUUUUGCCAGACCACCGCCUAGCUUUGGCUGUGAGAUUUUUGGCAGCUAGCGAGACAAGAAGCACCGCGUCAUUUAAUUUCUUGGCUAGACAGUCGACCGCCUGCAAGAUAAUUGCCGAGGUCUGUCAAGUAAUCUGGGAGGUCAUUGGCCCUAUUUAUGUAAAAUGUCUGUCAUCGGCAGCUGAGUGGCUCAAGGUUGCAAACGAGUUUGAAGAAAAGUGGAACCUGCCUCAUUGUAUUGGAGCCAUUGAUGGCAAACGUGUGGUCAUUGAGUGCCCCGCCAAAUCAGGAACCUUAAACAGGAACUACAAAAGUAGUUUCAGCAAGUCAUUGCUUGCGAUAAGUGAUGCAAGUUACAGGUUUCGGUAUGUCGAAAUUGGGCACUUCGGCAGUGAGUCCGAUGGUGGUGCGUUUGCACGCAGCAAGUUCCAGGAGUUGAUUUUGGCAAAUCAAAUUGCAAUUCCUGAAGACUCCAUGAUUGGCAACAUUGGCAAGAUGGCCUAUUUUUUUGUUGGAGAUGAGGCUUUCCCUCUGAAGACCUUCAUGAUGAGACCUUAUUCUCGCAAAAGCAAGCCUAUGCUGUGA